UCUUUAAAACUUCUCACCACCCAACCCCAAUAAUAUUUUCAUCAUCGUUCCUUCAUCUUAUCUUCUUGGUGCAGCUUCUAUGAGUUCUGCCAUAACCAAACCUCCUACAAGUGAGUGCGACUCCUCCGAGGAGAGUGGUUGGACUAAGUACUUUGAGGAUUUCCUUAACGACCAUCGUAUUGAUGAUCACAAAUGUUGUUCUGUGUCUUUCUCUGGUGUUGAUAGCGACUCCACCCUCUUUUCCUGUGCUGCUCAUAAAACCUUAACUGAUGAUGACACCACGCAACCUCAGGAUUCAUGUUUCAGGAAGAGAAAGAAGAUCAAAACUGCUUUAGGGGUUGAUGAUGCUUUGGAAGAUACUGCAACUUCUCCGGUCAAAGGUUCCAAGGGAAAAAAAACUACCCCAAGAGAGAGAGAUGAAAGUCUUAGAAGUGACAACGACCAGACAGAACUGAAGAAGAAAGGUCUUUGCUUAGUUCCUAUGUCGAUGAUAGCGAAAUAUAUUGGUUGAUUAAUUCCAUGAAAAACCACUCAAUAUAUAUGCAUUUGAGAAAAUAUAUCCAUUGACACCCACAGGAAAAGAAAAUGAAUAUGGAUGUGCAACAAGAAAAAGGAAAAUGAGAAAAUUGUGAAUUCUUGAGUGUUGAAAAUACUUAUGAAUUUCUCUCUCUCUUAAUUAGUGCACAUAAUGGAUAAUCGUUUUUUAAGGCAAAAUAGAAUCAUGCCA